ACAAGACAAGCUAUUUGAUAAUAUUUCAAUUAUCUGAAAAAAUGAUGACAUUUAGGUUUGCAGCUGUUAUUGCUAUUGAGUAAUAAAAGUACAAGUGCACUCAAGUCACCUACAGUAGAGUUUGUCGCGGAUGUCUCGACUCCUGCGGUCAAUAUACAGGUACAACUUCAGACACACUAUGGCUACAAGUUCCACGAGUGGUGCUAGAAAACUACAGCUGACAGAUGAGGUAAGGUUUCCAGUCCCCUGGGGUCAUAUAGCAGCCAAGGUUUGGGGUGACCCAGGGGGGCGGCCUGUUUUGGGACUUCACGGCUGGCAGGACAAUGCCAACUCAUUUGAUGCCUUAGCUCCCUUACUUCCAACAGACUUCUACUUUAUAGUCCUGGACUUCCCUGGUCAUGGUCGUUCCUCUCACAGACCUCCUGGUCUCCCGAACCAGUUUGUGGAGUAUCUCUUUGAUAUCAAGAGAGUCGUUGAUGUGCUGAAGUGGAAGAGGUUCUCCAUAAUAGGCCACAGUAUGGGAGGAGGGAUAGGAGUAACAUUUGCAGGUCUGUUCCCAGAGCUUGUGGAGAGGGUCGUGUCUCUGGAUUUGAUGGCACCUGUGUCAAGAGAUCCUGAAAUGGCACCGUCACUGUUGAGGACGUCUAUAGAGCAGACACUGGGUAUUGAAGCUGUUAAUAAAGAAGAGAAGACAUACACUCCUGAGGCAGCUUUGAAAAGACUUCUUGAUGCUAAUGCCUCUCUGACAGAAGAAGCUGGGAAAAUACUUCUAGAGAGAGGAACCAAAGUUUUGGAAGAUGGAAGAGUAAUGUUUACAAGAGAUCAUAAAGUAAAAACAAGGACGCCAUUAUCAUUUUCCAACGAUCAUCUCUUAGCGUUCAUCAAACAAAUGAAGUGUGAAUAUCUUGCCUUGAGGUUUCUUCAUAGUCCUGACUUUGAAAAGGCACGAAGGCAACAAUUUUCUGAAGCAUUCAGCCAGAGUUGUUCCAAGUUUGAAUAUGUCGAGUUGCCAGGAAAUCACUAUGCCCAUCUUGUAUCAGCAGAAGUUGUGGCGCCAUCUGUAUGCCAGUUUUUCUCAGAAUAUCUGUCGUCUGCUGAGAAUCGUUUUGCCUGUUAGGGAACUGUUCUUCAGAGGUGACUGAUGAAUAA